AUGAAUGGUGCAGAAGAGGGUGGGCUAAAGGCAUCGAAAUCGUCUCCUAAACGCCAGAAGAAAAAGAUCUCACUUCAAGAUGAUUUCUUUGCUCAUUCAGAUGAGCCAAAGUUGAAACGUAAGAAGUAUAAAAGCAAACAUAUUCAAGAGGCAUUCAAUAAGAUCAAAUCUGAUGAUGGAGUUUUGACUUCAAAUUUGAAUAUGAGCUCCAGCCAAGUUUCUAAUUCAGUCCCUGCAACGACUCAUGAAGAUGGAGACGAUAAUGGAGGUUUGGAGGACAUUAAAGCUGGCUCGUGUGAAUACGACAAUAAUAACGGAAUAGCCGUUCAUAAUAGUGAUGAUGAUGAUGACGAUGAUGUUCUAUUGGAAGUGAGCUCUGAAGAAUCAGAUAUAGAGCAAUUCUUAAGAUCAACAUCAAUGGAAAUCGGUGAUAAAGAUGGGUAUGAUUUCUCGUACAAGAAGGAAAAGAAAAGAAAAUAUGUUAUCCAUGUUAAGAGUAAACUCGCCAUUCCUCAAGGAGCUCCUCCUGGAAGCCCAACAGAAGCAAAGUUUCUGGUUAAUGGAACAAAAUUGUUUGAUAGAAUUCUAGAAUUGAUAAUCUUACAUUUUAAUAGCAUGUACCAAAUGGCGGACUCCAAUGAACGAUUGCGAGCGGAACAAGCCGUUUUGGUUUGGGUCAAUGGUCGAAUGGAAGUGAAACCUUUCUUUAAGCCAUCAACACUUAGAAUUCCACUUCCAAGUGAUGUGGUAGAUUAUGAGGAUCCUCUGAAGUUUCCUACUACUGAAUUUCAAUGUCUACUUAUACCGACAACCCAUACGAAGGAUUUCUUAGAAGUUUAUCCUGAAUUCAAUAAUGGACUAUUGUAUAGAGUUCGCGAUGAUGAAGAUGAGCUUUAUAUUGGUGCUGGUAAUCAGCAGAAUAAUACUCGUGGAAAGGAUGUGGAUGAGGACGAUGAUGAUAUUGAAAUAUUGGAAGUCGUAGAAGGGAUACUACCAGAAUCAAUACCACAAGAUACACCGCAAGUUUUCGUUAUUGGCUUGAAAGGGGCAGAUAACAAAAGAAUAGAAUGUCAAGUGUCGAAAUCAACAUCAUUUAAAAGCAUUUUAGAUCACUACAUUAAGGUAAAACAAUUACAAAAUAUUGACUAUUCAAAAGUUAAAAUGAUAUUUGACGAUGAACAAAUACAUUUAGACACCCUUGUGGAAGAAACAGAAUUAGAAGAAGAUUUUGAGGUACAAAUAGUCCUAUAA